UUCUAACAAAUGGCAAAUUUUCCAAGUGCCAAAUGAGCAAAUCCAUUUAAGACGCAACUACAACCGACAAAACGCAUUCAAGAUAUUUUCAGGAUGAAAUCUUCAUAUUCAUAAAGGCAAUUCAGCGACGUGCGAUAAAUGCCCCGACCUGUAAUACAUGCGUAAAGAUACACAUACAUACAUAAAUAUGUAACUAACCGGCUAGGUACAUACUACAUACGCACCACAUACAUACUUAUGUCCUUAUGUCUGUAAGCAAUAGUAGCACAAGUUAUGUCGCACACAGCCUGGCUAUCGACAGCAAUCAUAUCCAAUAAGAACUACACCACCGUCACACCAAAACCAAAGCACACCAACCAAUGUCAAGAGCGCUUCUUCAACAAAAGUACUCGUAUCACAGCCACCAACGACGACAACGCCAGCAACUACUACAUACAUACAUAAGAGAGCAACCAACAAGAGUGCAGCAGCUAGCAGGCAGGCAGCCAGCCAGCGGUGAAUAGCGAAACGAUCAACUGGCAGACUUAAAUAAUGCAAGUAACCGUUUUUCAACGCAGCAUUCUACGCAGAUUUAAGUGAGCCAUCAAAACGCACCACAGCCACUUAAGGAGUAUAUAAGUAUAAGGAAAAAUACAAACAGCCGCCACCCUACCAACCAACCACCCAACCACCCAACCACCCAAUCACCCAACCCCACCCAUCAAGUGGGCGCGCGAAAAGUUCAACAAAUUGUUCCAUGCUGUAUGUAGUAAACACUUCAAGCUAUCAGUAAAAAAAUAGAAAAAAAAAUAGAAAAAAUGUUCGACACUAAAUGGUUGCCUGCCGCCUGUGGCAGUUUGGCGCCCGCCCUCAUACCGCCCGCACACAUGUUGGUGUUGGCCUACUUUUGGCAAAAUUAUUCACGUUACGUUGAUAAACACUUUUGUACUUGCUCCUGCUGGGACACCAUAUUCAAGGGACCAUACGAAUCGGGUAUCGCCUCCUAUAAGCAUCUCUACUUCAAUGUAACACAAAACUCGUUCAAAAUGUGGCUGUUGACUGUAUUCGCUGUUAUUGCACUUUAUGAAUGCAUUAAACAGUUGAUUGCGUUGAUAUUGCAACAACGUUGCCGCUACUCGAUGUUGUUGCUAUUCUCGUUGUCGAUAUUUUCACACUAUUAUGCGUGGUGGGCGUACAUGAAUUACUACAACGACGACUACUAUCAACAAUGGAAUCAUCAACUAUUCUUUACGGUAACCGAAUUGAUAUCUUCCGUAUUGGUCAUGCAUCUGGCCAACACCACCAACACCGUCACAUCGAAAAAAGUAUUCUGCAUCGUUGGCAUUGCCAUACUCCACAUCACAGCCAGUAGUUUCGAUCAAUUCUUCCUGAAUGUGGUACGUGGCGAGGGCUAUGCCCAUCAAAUAGUACGUGAUAUCGGUUUUAUGGUACCGGACAUUCUCCAAUUAAUUAUACCAUUGUGGCUGUUCCGUAAAACGCGCAAGGAAUCGUAUACGACACGCCCCUUCUAUCGUGAUCGUAAUCUACACAAAGAUAUUGUGGCGAUGCUAUUCUUCGUGUUGGCACUCUUUGUGGUUUGUACGAUUUUGUGAGAUAAAAUUUUCCAAUACCUACAGAUGAUGAAUAGCGAAGAGGAAGCGCGUGCCACAAGGCGUAUGAAUUUAAUGGCGCGACUCUACUUCAAUUUGUAAGGUAAUUUGAAUAGCAUACAUAUCUAUGUAAUGUAAAAUGUUAAACAGCAACAAAGUGGGAGCAGACAUGUCAUACAUUUAGCGGAUGUUUGAGGUUGCGCAGCGGCAUAGCAUAACUUUGUCGCACUGAACCGCAAUUGGUGUGGUGUAAGUCUAGUUUUAGCUACAUAGUUUUAUAAUUACAAAUUCUAGUACAUACGCUCAUACGUACUUAGAGACAUCUGUACAUACAUAUGUAUGUAUAUAGUUAUAGAAUUAUAUAUUUAUAUUACAUAGUUCCAUAGUGCAACUAGUUCAAAGAACAAACUUUUUAGUUUUCCUUUUUCUGCCGCUAUGUAUAACCAUGUGAUAGAUGUGUGUGUUUCUUUUAUAAACUUAAAAUUUUAAUUAUGAUGGAUUUUUUAUUUUUUUUAAAUAAAGUAGUGAAUAUUUUGAGUGUUAGUGAUGGGGAAAAGAAAAUAUAUACGUACAUACAUAGAUACAUACAUUUGUAGAAAGAAAAUAGUUUUUUAAUCAUUUUCGGAAAAUAUGCUUUAGCAGGUAAAUUUGCAUAGACUCUGUCAAAUAAGUUCUAAAGCUGGACUUUACUUUUGAUGUAUUUACUUUUAUUUCUUUAAAUUUUUCAUAAAUUUGGUUAAGAUUCAAUAUUGCACAAUUUGUUGGCCACAUAUUUCCCCAACAUAAAGACUUGCUUUUGAAACUAUUUGACAGAGGAAUGCAUGUUCAUAAAUAUUUGCAAAUAUCAUGGCAAAUUAUAAUAAGUUUACUGAAAUCUACGAAAAAAUAUUAGUUAUAUUCAAAAUAGAUUUCUAUGAAACGAAAAUUGUAGUGAAACCAAAAAAUAGUUGUAGUCAAAAUAAAAGUUUGACCAUAUCAGCACAAAUUUUUUACACCGUAGAUAACAUACUCGAAUGUACCACAUAGUAUUUACAUAUGUAUGUAUAUACAAAUACAACUCUCCCUACCUAAAACAAAAUCUUUCUUAAUUUUCAAACUAUAAUCAUCUAAAAACUUCAAAAUGACUAGGUUAGGUUAGACAGGUGGCUCUG